AUGGCCGGUCAAGCAAGAGUUUCCGGCGCUACCCAUGAAGCCAACGACCAACACAUAUUGGCUCUCGAGAAAGAAGGACAUGGAUGCUCGAAUCUAUCCCCUCCAACGUCAUCCACAAGCGCUACAUUUAACCAUUCUAAUUCUAGGAGCAGUUGGGGAAGCGGACGCUUUUCGCCGGAAAAGUGCGGAGAGCACCCCGAUGCUCGUGUGGAGGGAGGCCUUGCAAGAACGGGCCAUGGCCCAUUCGAGGUCUCUUUCGAUAGUGACCAAGACCCGAUGUGCCCUCGAAGCAUGUCGUCGGCGAGAAAAUGGGUGAUUGUGUUGAUUGUCUGUACCGGAACCUUAUGCGUGACUUGCACUAGCUCGAUCUACACAACUACAUACACUCAGAUGGAUCCUGAGUUUAACACGUCCACGCUGAUCUCCACUGUCGGGCUGUCGUCCUUUGUCUUGGGGAUCGGUACAGGGCCACUGCUCACUGGGCCGCUGAGCGAGCACUACGGACGCAGACCCAUCUAUCUGGUGGCAUGGUCGAUGUUCCUGAUCUGGACAAUUCCAUCGGCCGUGGCGAAGAAUAUCCAGACGAUUAUCGUUUCUCGGUUCUUCAAUGGCUUCACUGGAGGCACGUUCCUUUCCGUCGCGGGAGGAACUGCUGGAGACGUAUUCUCACAGAAUCAGAUUCAAGCACCGAUGGCGCUUGUCUCAUGCGUACCAUUCAUUGGACCCUCCUUGGGCCCUGUGCUGGGGGGCUUCUUCAACUCAUACUUAGAUUGGAGGUGGACCUAUUAUAUUAUGAUCAUUUGGUCCGCUGUACUGCUCAUCUGCAUGAUAUUCUUCGUGCCAGAGACAUACCACCCCAUCCUACUACGUGCUAAGGCGAGAACCCUUCGCCAGGAAACCAGAAACGAUAAUUAUAGAGCACCGAUGGAGAAUGACACCAAGACAUGGGGACAGAUCAUCGCUGUCUCACUUCUGCGACCAUUCCAGCUUCUCUUCUUAGAACCCAUGUGUCUCUGUUUGGACAUCUACUCGGCCAUCUUAUUAGGCAUUCUCUACUUAUUCUUCGGCACCUUUCCCAUGGUGUUUCGCACAACAUAUGACAUGAACCUUUGGCAGGGCGGACUGACAUUUGUGGGAAUGAUCGUUGGGAUGGCUCUCGCUGCCGCGAUGACCCCGAUCUGGUCCAACAUUCGGGAGCGUCUGAUGAACAACAAUGCCAAAGAACCUGGACUCAGUGAGCCAGAAUACCGACUUCCUCCAGCUAUUCUCGGUGGCAUUCUUAUUCCUAUUGGGCUUUUUUGGUUCGGCUGGACCACCUAUGCGAGUAUUCAUUGGAUAGUACCCAUCCUCGGAUCCGCUGUCUUUGGGGCAGGGUUGUUGCUGGAAUUUACUGGCAUCUUUACAUUUCUUGUCGACGCCUACCCACAAUACGCGGCAUCCGCGUUGGCCGCUAAUGGCUUCGCUAGGUGCAUAUUUGCCGCUGCGUUUCCCUUAUUUGGUAACCAAAUGUACGACAAGCUCGGCUAUCAGUGGGCAACUAGUCUUUUGGCAUUUCUGACAGUUGCCAUGAUGCCAUUCCCGUGGCUAUUUUUUAAAUACGGGAAGGCGCUGAGAGCCAAGAGCAGAUUCGCUAAAUGA